AUGACAAAACAGGAAAGAUUAUUAAGUGAAAUAAUUGCUUUACAUGAUCGGAAUCUCGAAUUGAUUAUCGAUAAAUCAGAUAGUGCUAGAAGUUUAUUAUUACAAUCAUUAUUUGAUCGACAAAUACAAGAAUAUAUACAUUUGAAUUAUCAUAUACCUAUUGAAACCUAUGAUAAUUAUAUGUAUCGAUUAAAUUCAAUGAUUAUUCAUCAUCCAAAUGAUUUUGAUAGACAUAAAAAUUUAUCCGAUAAAAAUCGUUUUCUAUCCGAGAGAGAAUACUAUCGAUUUAAAUUCUUUUUCUUGAAAUUUUUAUAUUUAUAUUCAAAUAAUGUAGAUCAAUCGUUUUAA